AUGUAUUACGAAGUAAAUUUUCAGUCUUUUCCCAGUCGGUUACACCCUAAGAAUGACGAGUAUUACUCGUAUCCCUUGACGGAUUACUACAUUUCGUCGUCGCAUAACACGUAUUUAUUAGGGAGACAGGUUGGUGGCGAGUCUUCAGUUGAAGGGUACAUCAGGGCUUUGCGUCGAGGCUGCCGAUGUGUGGAGAUAGACGUGUGGGAUGCCUCUAAUGACAGUGGCGAGCCCGUGGUCAACCAUGGACGAACUUUUAGCAAGUCGAUCAAGUUUUCAGAUGUCAUCAGCGCGAUCAAGAGGUAUGCAUUUGUCACUUCCCCAUACCCGGUGAUUCUCAGUUUGGAAAUCAACUGCUCGAGCUCGUUUCAAAAGAAACUCGUUGCGAUUUUAAAGGAAAUGUUGGGUGAUGAUUUAGUCAGUGAAGUUAUUGACGAGGCGCCCGUCUUGCCCUCGCCUCAAGAGUUGAAAUACAAGUAUUUGGUCAAGGUGAAAAAGACGAGUAAAUACAAGGAACUUUACGAGACUGAAGACGGCAGCUAUACCACUUCGUCAUCUACAACUCCAACCUCGUUUAGCGAGGAUAGUGCCAGGUCGAAUGGCAGUCUAAGCAUAACCAGUCUUCGUCGAGGCACUGCUCCAAAAGUCAUUGAGAUAUUGAGCCAGCUAGGCGUGUACGUGCAAGGGAUCAAGUUUAGAAACUUCUCCUUGCCCGAGUCCAAAGUCUACAACCACUGUUUCUCAUUGAGCGAAAAGACGAUUAACAAGAUGUUGAAAGAUGAGAUCAAGCGCACCUCCUUGGACAAACAUAAUAGAAAGUACUUUGUGCGAGUUUAUCCUUCGAAAUUCAGACUCAAGUCUUCCAAUUUCAACCCGAUCAAUUAUUGGAAAAUCGGCGUGCAAAUGGUGGCUACUAAUUGGCAAACUUACGAUUUGGGCCAACAGCUAAACGAAGCCAUGUUUGAUGGAGUUGGAAUUUACAAAAGCGGGUACGUUUUGAAGCCGUCGAGUUUGAGAAAACCCGUGAUCAAGACUUCUAAACUUUACAAGAUGCCGCCGCUACAUGUGGAAAUGAUGCAAUUGUCAAUCACCAUAGUGAGUGCCCAUAAUUUACCCACCCACGAAGGAGAAACUAUAAAUCCGUUUGUUACUUUGGAAGUCAUAGGCGCCGACUCUGUGCAUUGGGAAAAUCCCAAAAUGGAAUCUGGCAGAACGAGAUCCUUAUCCUUGUCCUCGUGUAGAACCGGUGACGCUACAUGGGAGGAGACGUUCGUGGCAGAAAUGAUUGGUUCAAGGGACUUUACAUUUGUCAAGUUUGUCGUCAACUCCACCAGCUUGGAAAAGGCAGAUGUCCAGCAAUUAGGUCUCGUCGUAGUCAAGCUAGAUUAUAUGGAGCCCGGGUAUCGAACCUUGCACCUUCAUGACCAUAAUGGUGAGCAAAUGCCGGAUACCUCGCUCCUGGUGAAGAUUAAUUCAUGA